UGACAAAAAAGCUGGAGAAUUCAAAAAGCAUUUAAUUUCGAGGGUUUUGGAUUUUGGAAAAAAAUGGCAAUAGGCGCCAAAUAUUUAUCCUGAAUGUUUAAUUUUCCCGCUCAUUCUGUGGAUUAUAUCUGAAAGAAAAGUAAUUGCUUUAGUAUGAGCGGAGUUUUGCAGCUUAGAUUAAUAAAAACACUAGUCAUUAGUGAGUGCCUUGUUUCUUUGUUUUGCUGUUUAUUAUUAUUUUUUUUUUCUUACCCGUUGCUAGAUUAUAUUGUCGAGUUUCUACUUCCGAAGAUUGCAAAAACAAAUGAAGUCGAUAGUCAAAUAGUUGUGAAGGGCAGAGACUGCGUUUAGGUUUAACUUUUCUUUUCUUUUUCUUUUUUCUUUUUUGUUUUGUACGAAAAAGAAGAAUGGGAUCUGCGUCGCUAUUGGAUUCAUCAGUCUCCAACUGCUCAGUUGAUAUUUCUGCAUCAGCAUCCUUAUCAAACUCAACUUUGCUUGAUAUGUAAUCUGUAGCAGGAAUGAAAAAGAACAAAGGUAAACCAAAAUCCUCGGUAUCUAAAGCUAACAAGGAACAAAUAAACAACAUAAAAGAAAAGAAGCGAAGUUCCUCUCAGAAGAAUGAAGAACCUGCUGGUUCUAAGAAAAGGCCUAAGCGAGCUGCUGCAUGCACAGAUUUCAAGGAGAAGGCUGUGCGAUUGUCUGACAAGUCCUCUGUUCUUGAAUCAAGAAGAGAUCAAUUUGCUGAUGAUGAGAUUUUAGCUGUUCACCUUACUCAUGGACAAGAUGAUGGCCGUCCUAACAGGAGACUAACAGAUUUUGUUGUGCAUGAUGAAAAUGGCACCCCACAGCCCCUUGAGAUGAUUGAAGUUGAUGAUAUGUUUAUCUCUGGUCUUAUAUUGCCUCUUGAUGAAAAUCCUGACAAGGAAAAGGAAAAGCGUGUUCGCUGUGAGGGUUUUGGAAGGAUAGAAGGAUGGGACAUCUCUGGUUAUGAAGAUGGCUUUCCAGUUAUAUGGCUUACAACAGAUAUUGCUGAUUAUAAUUGCCUUAAACCUGCAAACAACUACAAGAAGUUUUAUGACCAUUUCUUUGAAAAGGCACGUGCCUGUAUAGAAGUGUACAAAAAACUGUCAAGAUCUUCUGGUGGAAAUCCUGACCUAACUCUUGAUGAGUUGCUUGCAGGGGUUGUUAGAUCAAUGAGUGGAAGCAAGUGCUUUUCUGGUGCAGCAUCCAUCAAGGAUUUUGUUAUUUCUCAGGGUAAUUUCAUUUAUAAACAACUAUUAGGAUUAGAUGAGACAUCGAAAAACAAUGACCAGAAAUUUGCAGAUCUGUCUGCGCUUCUUGCCUUGAGAGAUAAGAGUGAGGAGCAUGGAAAUUUUGUAUUGGCAAAGGCAGUAAACACUAGUGGAAACUUGACAAUUUAUCAAAAGUUUGGAGACAGCGUGUCAAAUGUGAAUCAAUCUAUAUCCUCCACUGCAGCUGGGGAAGAUGAAGAUGCAAAGCUAGCAAGACUGUUGCAAGAAGAGGAGUAUUGGCAGACUACGAAGAAGCAAAAGAAAAUCCAUGGUUCAGCUUCUUCAUCAAAUACAAUCUACAUCAAAAUCAAUGAAGAUGAAAUUGCAAAUGACUACCCUUUGCCUGUGUUUUACAAGCAUUCCGAUGAAGAAACUGAUGAGUAUAUAGCUAUUGAUACUGAAGAGCAUAUCAUGGUUGACCCUGAUGAACUUCCUAAAAGAAUGCUUCACAACUGGUCACUUUAUAAUUCCGAUUCAAGAUUGAUUUCCUUGGAGCUUCUUCCAAUGAAACCUUGUGAAGAUAUAGAUGUCACCAUCUUUGGGUCAGGAAGGAUGACUGAAGAUGAUGGAAGUGGAUUCUCUCUUGAUGAUGAUCCUGAUCAGUCUUCUUCAGCGGGUUCAGGGGCACAGGAUGAUGUGGGUUUGCCAAUUUUUUUGAGUGCAAUAAAGGAGUGGAUGAUUGAAUUUGGAUCUUCGAUGGUUUUUAUAUCUAUCCGAACAGACAUGGCCUGGUAUAGACUUGGAAAGCCGUCAAAGCAAUAUACGUCAUGGUAUAAGCCAGUGCUAAAAACAGCAAAACUUGCAAGAAGCAUAAUUACAUUGUUGAAGGAGCAAAGUCGAGUGUCAAGGCUUUCUUUUGGAGAUGUAAUUAGGAGAGUUUCUGAAUUUAAGAAGGAUGAUCAUGGCUACAUAUCUUCUGAUCCAGCCACUGUUGAGAGAUAUGUGGUUGUGCAUGGACAGAUAAUACUACAGCUUUUUGCUGAAUUUCCAGAUGAAAAGAUCAAGAAAUGUGCAUUUGUGGUUGGCCUAACAAGUAAGAUGGAAGAGAGACAUCAUACCAAAUGGGUAGUGAACAAGAAACAAAUUUUGCAGAAGAAUCAACCCAAUUUAAAUCCACGAGCAGCAAUGAGCUCUAUGGCCCCUGUGGUGUCUAAGAGGAAAGCUAUGCAGGCAACAACUACAAGGCUGAUUAACAGAAUUUGGGGGGAAUAUUACUCUAACUACUCACCAGAGGAUCUGAAAGAGGCAACUAAUUGUGAAGCAAAAGAAGAAGAUGAGGUUGAAGAGCAAGAGGAAAAUGAAGAUGACGCCGAAGAGGAGAAGCUAUUACUUUCGGACAAAACACAGAAGGCUUGUUCGAUGUCAUCACGAACUAAAUCAUAUUCAAAAGAUGAAGUACUAUGGGAUGGGAAUCCUGUUAGCAAAACACAUUCUGGUGAAGCUAUUUAUAAUAGUGCCAUUGUGCGUGGAGAGGUUAUUAAAGUGGGUGCUGCUGUCUAUCUCGAGGUUGAUGAAUCAGAUGAACUUCCUGCCAUUUAUUUUGUAGAAUACAUGUUUGAAACAUCAGGCGGGAGCAAAAUGUUUCAUGGGAGAGUGAUGCAGCAUGGAUCAGGCACAAUUCUUGGUAAUGCUGCCAAUGAAAGAGAGGUUUUCUUGACAAAUGAGUGCUUGAAUUAUGAAUUGCAGGAUGUCAAACAGGCAAUUGCUGUGGAAGUACGGAAAAUGCCAUGGGGAUAUCAACACAGGAAUGAUAAUGCCACAGCUGAUAGAAUUGAUAGAGCUAAAGCGGAAGAGAGGAAAAAGAAAGGAUUGCCACUAGAAUAUUAUUGUAAAAGUAUGUAUUGGCCAGAGAGGGGUGCUUUUUUCAGUCUUCCAUUUGAUUCGAUGGGUCUCGGUUCUGGUAUCUGCCACUCUUGCAAAGUUAAAGAAGUUGAAAUGGAAAAAUACAUUUUUAGAGUGAAUUCUUCUAGGACUGGAUUUGUACACAUGGGAACUGAGUACUCUAUUCAUGAUUUUGUCUAUGUGAGCCCUUGUCACUUCACCAUAGAAAGGGAGGCUGAAACUUACAAGGGUGGAAGGAACGUAGGAUUGAAGGCUUAUGCUGUGUGCCAGUUGCUGGAGAUUGUUGUUCCAAAGGAACCAAAACAGGCUGAAGCAACAUCCACGCAGGUUAAGAUUCGGAGGUUUUCCAGACCAGAGGACAUUUCAUCUGAGAAAGCAUAUUGUUCUGAUAUUCGCGAGGUCUAUUACACUGAAGAAACACAUCUUUUAUCUGUUGAAACUAUUGAAGGAAAAUGUGAAGUCAGAAAGAAAAAUGAUAUUCCUCCAUGCGGUAGCGCUGCGAUCUUUGAUCAUAUUUUCUUUUGUGAGCAUCUUUAUGAUCCUUCUAAAGGGUCUCUCAAGCAGUUGCCCGCUCAUAUCAAAUUGAGAUACUCAACUGGGACUCAAGAAAGUGAUGCUGCUUCUAGAAAGAGGAAGGGUAAGUGCAAAGAGGGAGAAGAUGAAGUGGAAAAUAAGAGGGAAGCAACUCAAGGGAGACGUUUAGCCACAUUGGAUAUCUUCUCUGGUUGUGGUGGCUUGUCAGAGGGAUUACAGCAAGCUGGUGUCUCAUCAACCAAGUGGGCUAUUGAAUAUGAAGAGCCUGCUGGAGAAGCAUUCAAGCUCAAUCAUCCUGAGUCAUUGGUGUUUAUUAAUAACUGCAAUGUGAUUCUUAGGGCUGUAAUGGAGAAAUGUGGGGACACAGAUGACUGCAUCUCAACUUCUGAGGCUAUAGAAUUGGCUGCAUCACUUGAUGAGAAGAUAAUCAAUGAUUUGCCUUUACCAGGACAGGUGGAUUUCAUCAAUGGAGGCCCUCCAUGUCAAGGUUUCUCUGGAAUGAAUAGGUUUAGUCAAAGCACCUGGAGUAAAGUUCAAUGUGAAAUGAUCUUAGCCUUCUUAUCCUUUGCUGACUACUUCCGACCAAAGUAUUUCCUAUUAGAGAAUGUGAGGAACUUUGUGUCUUUCAAUAAAGGACAGACAUUUCGUUUAGCUCUGGCUUCACUCCUUGAGAUGGGUUAUCAGGUGAGAUUUGGUAUACUGGAAGCUGGAGCAUAUGGAGUUUCUCAGUCACGAAAACGGGCAUUCAUAUGGGCAGCCUCCCCUGAAGAAGUACUGCCUGAGUGGCCAGAGCCAAUGCAUGUCUUCUCUGCCCCGGAGUUAAAAAUCUCAUUGUCAGGAAAUUCACAUUAUGCUGCAGUAAGAAGUACCGCUAAUGGAGCCCCUUUCCGUGCAAUAACUGUCAGAGAUACAAUUGGUGAUCUUCCUGUAGUUGGAAAUGGUGCCUCUGCAACUAAUAUGGAGUAUAAAAAUGAUCCUGUCUCGUGGUUUCAAAAGAGAAUUCGAGGGAACAUGGUCACCUUGACUGACCAUAUAUCAAAAGAAAUGAAUGAGCUGAAUCUCAUCAGGUGCCAGAAGAUCCCAAAGCGGCCAGGUGCUGAUUGGCGCGACCUUCCAGAUGAAAAGGUUAAAUUAUCUACCGGUCAAUUAGUUGAUUUGAUCCCAUGGUGCCUGCCAAACACAGCUAAGCGACACAAUCAGUGGAAGGGGCUUUUUGGAAGGCUGGAUUGGGAAGGGAACUUCCCAACUUCUAUAACAGAUCCUCAACCGAUGGGUAAGGUGGGCAUGUGCUUCCAUCCUGAGCAGGACAGGAUUCUUACAGUUCGUGAAUGUGCCAGAUCUCAAGGUUUUCGAGAUAGCUACAAGUUUGCUGGUAACAUCCAACACAAGCACCGGCAAAUUGGAAAUGCCGUUCCUCCCCCACUGGCAUAUGCAUUGGGGAUUAAACUUAAGGAAGCACUAGACGGGAGGCUUAAAUAGUGGAAUUAUCUGGUUUAAUUUUUCCAAUUACAUUAAUGUAGAAAUCACUGAAAUAUUACUGAAUGUAUUACUCGGCAAACAGAUGAAAUGUUGUGAUUAUUUCAUUUUGUGGUGAA